AUGGCGACUUCUGCGGACAAUGCCUCACGCGAUGAAGCUAACCCUCCAAGCCCAAGAACCAAACCUAUGGUGAACAUUUCCAGCAGCGGUCAAGCUGCUGACUCUCCAGCAUCACGACCAACCAGCUCGUACUUCUCUCUGCCUCAAACAUCUCAGACCAAGGAUCAUGCUGCAGCUCCUGCUUCUCCCGUGGAUGUUGCGAAGGGAGCCAGAUCCGGAAGAGAAUUGCUCCGACGGCUGAGCCUCGUGGACUCAUAUGGAACCGAAUCGGUUGACAUCGAUCCUCGUACCGCUCAUCCGGGACUUCGCCUGAGCGGAAAUGUCAUCAGCGCGACCUUCUGCAUUCCCUAUCAGCUCACUCACGAUCCAAAGGGCGGUUGGGAUCUCUCCUCUCGGCGUGGAACCUCGGCUUUAUUUGACUCGUUUGCUUAUUUAUCUUCCGAUAAAACAGCAUGGAAUCAUACCUUGGUUGGUUGGACGGGGGAGAUUCAAACAAAGCCUUAUGCUCGUGCCAUGAGUAUUUUGCAGGAUGAGAAUGCCGCGGCCGUGUCCGCAACAGCAGCUCAUGCCUCGUUGCCGAUCAACAAAUCAGCCGCCCCAUAUCCUGUCAAUGGAGCUCCGGCAAACCCUCGAGAACAGCACCCAGAUCAUUUGAGUCUCUCGCGUGCAGAUAGGCACCAGUUGGAAUCCAUCCUAAUGACUCAUCCCUCGGGGAAAACGCUUCCCAUUUGGCUAGGCGAUGGCCCCGAAGCUGAAAACGGCGAUUUUCAGUUCAAGGACCAAGCUCGUUGGCGGAAGUAUGCAGAACAUGAGCUAUAUACCUUAUUCCACUACCGACAGCAUGGUCCUGACGACGGUCGCACCGAAAAGAGCUCGUGGGCGGACUACGUGCGCAUGAAUCAGACAUUUGCGGAUCGAAUCCUACAUAUCUACCAACCGGGCGAUAUCGUGUGGAUUCAUGAUUACCAUCUGAUGCUACUUCCUAAUAUCCUUCGUCAGCGAAUACCCAACAUAUACAUUGGAUUCUUCCUUCACAUUCCAUUCCCCAGCAGUGAAUACAUGCGGUGUCUUCCCCGGAGGAAGGAUGUACUAGAAGGAGCUCUUGGUGCCACCAUGGUCGGAUUCCAAUCCUUCAGCUUCUCUCGACACUUCAACUCCUGUUGCAAGCGUAUCCUUGGCUUCGAAUCAAGUUCUGCUGGUGUCGAUGCAUAUGGCGCUCAUGUUGCUGUCGAUGUCUUUCCUAUUGGCAUUGACGUCGCCUCCGUCCAACAACAAGCCUUCCAGGAUCCUGUCAUCGAGCAGAAUAUGGAGGCGCUCAAGAAACUGUAUGCUGGGAAGAAAAUCAUUGUGGGCCGCGAUCGACUUGAUACAGUCAGGGGUGUAUCGCAAAAGCUGAUGGCAUUUGAAAUCUUCCUGGAUCGGUUCCCUGAAUGGCGUGACAGGGUCGUUCUUAUCCAGGUGACUAGUCCAACGAGCGUUAAAGAAGACAAAGUUGAUGGCGCUCACAAGAUCGAGCACAAGAUUUCUCAUCUGGUGUCAAGGAUUAAUGGUCAAUAUGGUUCGCUUAGCCACUCGCCGGUUCAACACUACCCGCAGUACUUGUCCUCACAAGAGUACUUUGCACUUCUCCGCGUGGCCGAUGUAGGCCUUAUCACGAGUGUCCGUGAUGGUAUGAAUACUACAAGUUUGGAAUACAUCAUCUGUCAAAAGGACAAUCAUGGUCCCCUCAUCUUGUCAGAGUUCUCAGGCACCGCCGCUAGCCUAGGUAAUGCUAUUCACAUAAAUCCCUGGGAUCUGGGUGGUGUGGCCGAGGCUUUGAAGGAAGCUCUUGAAAUGCCGGAAUCUCAAAAGGCUAGCGACCACCAAAAGCUCUACAACUAUGUUAUCAGUCAUACCGUGGCAACAUGGUCGAACAGCUUUCUCAGGCGUUUGCUUACUAACCUGACCUCCUUCGCCCAGAGCGAUCUCACUCCGGCGCUUGAUCGCACUCGCAUGCUCACGCAGUAUGCUUCUGCCAAAAAGCGUCUUUUCAUGUUCGAUUACGACGGUACAUUGACACCGAUUGUAAAGGACCCUAACGCUGCGAUCCCUGCCGAUCGUGUGCUCCGAACACUGAAAGCUCUGGCGGCAGAUCCACGAAACAACGUCUGGAUAAUAUCCGGCCGUGACUCGGCAUUCCUAGAAGAGUGGAUGGGCCAUAUCAGUGAACUGGGGUUGAGCGCCGAGCAUGGCUGUUUCCUCCGCCGGCCGGGCUCCGACAGCUGGGAAAAUCUAGCGGCCAGUAUGGACAUGGGCUGGCAGAAGGAAGUCAUGGACGUGUUCUCCUAUUACACAGAGCGCACGCAGGGAUCAUGGAUCGAGAAGAAACGGGUCGCACUGACCUGGCAUUACCGACAAGCUGACCCUGAUUUUGGAGCGUUCCAGGCGCGAGAAUGUCGCAAGGCACUGGAGGAUAGUGUAAUGAAGAAUUGGGAGGUCGAGGUGAUGUCGGGUAAAGCCAAUCUGGAGGUUCGCCCGCAAUUUGUCAACAAGGGGUUCAUCGCCACGAGGCUGAUCAAUGAAUAUGGGUAUGACGCUGGAUGCCCGCCGGAGUUUGUGCUCUGUCUUGGUGAUGAUCAGACUGAUGAAGACAUGUUUCGCGCGCUCCUGAAGACAGACCUGCCGAAAGAGCAGGUCUUUGCAUGCACAGUCGGAGCGAGCAGUAAAAGGACGCUCGCAAGCUGGCAUCUACUCGAACCCAGCGAUGUCAUUGCGAGCAUCGCAGCGUUGAACAAGCAGGAAAAUCUCUGA